GAUACCGCUUCGCUAAAUAUAAUAUACGAAGGCACGCGGUUCUACUACUGUCCGCCACGACGCGCGAAGUAGCAUGAUGGCGACGGCGACGGCGGCAAUGAUAGUCACCGUUUGAGACCCUCGACGUUCGUACUGUCGACCUUCCGUCGCCUUUGUCGACGGUAAUCACACAAGUAUCAUCUUGCAUCUUGAGUCGCCGAGAACCGACCGUGGAAAACGGAGUAGUGAGUCUUUCCCAGGCAAGUCCGCGAACGACGAAUCCCCCGAGUGUUAUUUGCCAGGGGGUUUGCGAUAUUUUUGACGGAGCUUCUUUACCGGGACUCGAUCGAUUAUCAUCGUCGUUGAAAAUCAUAGUCCAUAGAGAUGAGUAUCCAGAAGCCCGAAGACCUUUUGUCUAUUGUUAUAUCAUCUGAACUUCCGCCAUCUUCAAAUUCCCGAGAGCUGUUUAUAAAUCAAGAUCAACAGGAUGAAGAAGCGUCCGAUUGUCCUCUAUUAACACCAAGUCCACCACCUACUCAAACCAACGAGACUCUACAAUCGACACCGAUAUUCAAUGCCCUGGAAGGAACUCCAUUAGAAAUGAUACCGACGCCAACGCUCGAAAAUAUUAAUACAGAAGACGGACUUAACUUCAUGAACAUUGUGAAUAGUUCGAGUAAACCUUUAAACGAUGAACCGAGUUCACGUGAUCCCAUGGUGGAGUCUACUAGCAGCGGUAGUAGCAGUGACACAAACGAACCCGUUUGCGCACAAUUAUUGACACAAUUAAAUACUGCCUAUCAACAUCUCGCACCAGAUGCUCAAGCUUUAUUUUACAACCAGGAGAACGGCGGCAAACCACCACUCGUUGGGAUACAAUUGGUAGUACCGAAGCCGCCCAAAGAUUAUCGUUUCAUGAAGUGGAACUGGCCAUUGAUACGGAAGACAUGCUACUGGUCAUUGAUGUCGAUCUUGACCGGAUGUGCCGCUCUCGUUAUCGGCAUUAUCGCUACAAUGCCUAAGAAAUGCGACCCACCGGUGGAAUGGUGGCAAGGCAGUACCUUCUACGAAAUAUUCCCGGCGUCCUUUCAGGACUCGACGAAGAGCGCCGAUGGGAUCGGCGAUUUGCGAGGGAUAAUUAUGCGGCUAAAUUACUUAAAGAAUUUCGGAAUACGGACUAUACGACUCAACUCGAUAUUUCCGGCGCCGCAUUACCCGGAAUAUUAUUCGGACAUUAGCAAUAUGACGGACGUGAACAAAGAGUUGGGUACAUUGGGAGACUUCUCCGUUCUCGUCCGCGAGAUCCACAGGCGAAAUAUGAGUAUCAUCCUCGAUUUGCCUUUAUAUCCAUUUAUGAAGAGCUUGAAUGAAGCGAAGGCGAACGAGACUGAACGUACGCUUCGGGAAAGACGAGAUCUCGCGAAUAGCGCAAUAAUUCAUGACAUAUUGCCGUCCGCACCGUCCACGAUUGAUGCCAUCCGCGACACCUUGUCGACACCGCUGCAGGAAGUAAAGAGAGAAACGUUUCCUUCCAGUCACUUAGCUCGUCAGCAGGAACACCCUGUUAGCGAGGCUAUCAAAAUCUGGCAGCAGCGAGGAGUAGACGGUUUCUAUCUCAAGGGACUGGAACAUUACGUCGGCGAAGACACGUUUGUGAGUGAUCUUAGAUACUGGAGAUCUCUUCUGCAUCCGGGCAAUAUCUUCAUCUGUCACAUAAACGCCUUGGACGCCGCUACCUCUGUCGCGAGGAACUCUAUUUUGUCCAAGAUAGAUCUGAUUGAUGUGACUCUUCGUUUGGUGAACGGCACGAAAAAUAUUAAAGCACAGAUCGAGAGUAUCACGAAGGGUGUGCUCUUUGACAAACCCUCUUACCCGUGGAUCCACUGGUCCGUAGGUAGUGUGGACACCAGCAGAGUGGCCUCUACUAUGACCGUCAAGAAUGCUAGUGUGGCAGCUUCUCUUCUUGGCAUGAUGCUUCCUGGGACGCCAAGUAUAUUUUAUGGUGAUGAGAUAGGUAUCGAAGAUUGUGAGUGUCGAGAUCAUAAGGAUUUGGCACACGUGCACAAUUUGAUUCCUAUGUAUUGGGAGAAGAAGGAAGGCUCAGAAAGCAGUUUUUCGCCUUCAGGAGUUACCGCUUGGCUACCAGAAGCUAGGAAACCUAUGGAAACCAGUUUAAAAAGCACUGUUACAGAGAUGGCGAAGCUAAGAAUGGAAGCUACGCCGGUUUACGUCAAAGCGGUGUUAAGAGAAAAUCAAAGUACUGCGAAUUGUGAUAUUAGAUAUGUGGAAGAUGAAAUGAUCGUGAUUGAGCGGUGGUAUCCACGAAGAAAUUCCUAUGUGUUUGUGGCCAAUUUUGGCAACGAGACGCGCGUAAAGGAUCUGUCAUUCCUUUAUUACGGUGGUUACGUCGUUGUUGGACCAAAUUACAGAAUAAAUCGGAAUGUGUACUUCAAAAAACUUACCGUCCCCCCUGGAGAAGCGUUUGUUAUAAAAUUGGAUAAGUAAGAGAAUCUCUCGAUGGAAGAAUAGGCUGUCUUAUAUAUCGUGAGAUUAUACUUUUAUUCAUUAAACAUCAUUAAAGAUAUGGAUAUCUUACAACGAAAUAAAAUUUUAUAAAAUUUUACUUUAUAAAAUUUCGGGGAUAAAAUAUUUUUUGAAUGAUUAAAGGUAAAAAAUUUUUCACGAAUUGCUUAGGAAUGUGAAAAUAAAUAAAGAUUUUUUAAAAUUAUUUUUCAAUUAAUUGAAACAGAGAAAGAGAAAGAAGACGAAUAGUAAGAAUAAAAAAAAAAUCAAAAAAGAGAGCGUCCAAUAAAUUGUUCAUCAUGAUUAAUACAAAUAAUACUUAUUUCACAGCAAAUGUUACCGUUACUUAUGUAUAUCGUAUUAAAAAAUUGAAUUUUUACAACGAAUUUCAAUGCAUAUCGGUCACGUCAUACCCAUAAAAUUGAUCUAAUGCGGUUUGGUUUGGAAUUCUAUAAUACGCAACUAUUACCGUAUUUAUUAUCAAACCCUAAAAAUAUUACAGAUACGAAAGACUUCACAUUUUUUUUAUUAUACUUCCUUUGAUAAAUCAAAAUCUAUUGUGUCAUAAUGUUGUAACAAAUUCAUCUUAAUUAUUGUUACGAUCAAAAUAUGGUGUAAAAUCUUCGUAAAUAGGAACGGUAAUUAAAAAAUACUUUUUACAAUAUAACAAUUAUAAUAAUCGUUUUGAGUACUUAUACAAUGUUGCUAAUUAUGUUUCUCGUUGGCAUCGAAUCGUACAAUUAUAUACGAUUUUUUAGAUAAUUAUAUAUGUAUAUUAGAAAUAGAAACGUAUCGUAUAUAUUAAUUGACUGUGUGACUGCAAAGAAUUUAUAUUAACAAAAUUAUGUCUUUGUAUUUACACAGAUAAAUAAAAAAAAUUCUGAAU